UUCAGUCUCACCCAUAAUAUUUGUAACAACAUGGGUCGUUUGUACAAACAAAACGGAUCAGUGUCGCGUUUUUAGGAAUCAAAAGCUAUGUCGCCUCGCGUGAGCGUCAUUAACACAUCGCAACGCUUUUGUCGUCGUUACCAGCGCGUUUAAACCCACCCCGUUUAGAGUGAGAGCGCUAAAUAAAGGAAUUUAGUGUCUGAUAAAGACGGAACUGACUGUUUGUGCUGCGAAAAUAUGGCAGAGUUGCACGUUGAGCCCAACGCGACUGGCAUCAUCGAGCAGAGCGAUCAUUGUGAAAUCAAAGGCUCAGUGAAUGUGAGACUCCCGUCGCCCACUCUGGUGAUUCCGUCGCCCCGGAGCGGCUUGUCCAGUCCCGGGCUCCCCGGUUCGAGAGCAGUGUUUGGGUUCCCAAUGAAGAGCAACCCCAGUUCCCCAUCAUCAGAAGCCACAGAGAAGCCAGGAUCUCGGUGGGUUCGGCUGAAUGUUGGAGGAACCUACUUUGUCACAACGAAACAGACCCUAUUCAGGGAUCCGAAGUCGUUUCUGUAUCGAUUAUGUCAGGAAGAUCCCGAGCUGGAUUCGGAUAAGGAUGAGACAGGAGCAUAUUUGAUUGACAGGGAUCCCACAUAUUUUGGACCCAUCUUGAACUACUUGAGGCAUGGGAAGUUGAUCAUCAACAAGAACCUUGCUGAGGAGGGUGUUCUGGAGGAAGCCGAGUUUUACAACAUUGGAUCACUUGUGAGGCUGGUAAAGGAGAGAAUACGAGACAAUGAGAACAGAACAUCUCAGGGCCCUGUGAAGCAUGUGUACCGUGUAUUACAAUGUCAGGAGGAGGAGCUUACUCAGAUGGUGUCCACCAUGUCAGAUGGAUGGAAGUUUGAACAGCUCAUAAGUAUCGGCUCCUCCUAUAACUAUGGCAACGAGGACCAGGCAGAAUUUCUGUGUGUUGUUUCCCGGGAGCUCAACAACUCAACUAAUGGAAUUGUUAUCGAACCCACUGAGAAGGCUAAGAUCCUUCAGGAGCGAGGUUCCAGGAUGUGAGGAGCCUGAUGUGUGAGCCCACAAAGAUCUCCCAUGCCUCACUUCCUUUCUCCAGGUCCUCGUCCACCAUACAGCUGACUCCAAGUUCAUCAGCCCACCACCCCUCACCUUCCCCUCCUCCCUUGUGCCUUUCCACCAAGGGGGUCUCAGUCCCCCUCCUCCAUGCAGUGCUGCAGCAUUAACCAAUCAGCACCAUCACUAACCAUCACUAACUAUCACUGCUAUUAGCGACUAAUCAAAAUGGUCUGAGAUUAAACCUCAGACCACCGUCCCUGAUGGAAGACUACUCAGAGAGAGGAUUACAGGGAAGGAUUUAUCAUUCAUCUUUAUGCUUGAUAUUUAUGCAGCCUUCAUCAUCAUCACCAUAUCCCAGUCUUUAUCAUCAUAAUCUUUACAGCUGCUGGCUUUCAAGUAUAAGAGGGUUCAAUUGCCCCGGUCAGCUUGGCUGUGCCCAUAUGACCAUAAUCUCCUCAGGACUUCCAAAGGCGCGCAAGAAAGACAAAGCAGAACACACUUCCCCUGACCUUCAUUACAGCUUCUCUUAACAAGCACAUUAAUUUACACUGUAAAUCAUUAGCAGCCACAUUCUCUGUCUAACUGUGAUCAUCAUUAUUUCAAUAUCCACUUCCCAUCGCCUGGUCAGACCGAGAGCACAGCAGAUGGCGCAAUGGAUAAAACGAUAACAGCGGCUUAUGAACAUGCAGUGUUUUGUCUUCAGAGUGGCAUGUUUCUUUUGUUUACUCUGCCCAUUAACACAUCUGGAAAGGACCAGAGAAGAAGAGAGAACUCGUACUGCCAAUUGUCAGGUCAGAUGCCCCACAUGUGUUUCCAUUGCUGUGAAUCACAAUUCCCAUUCACUCGGGUUGACUUCUGUCAUCCUGGACAUUUUUCUUUUUUGCCUUGUAGCUGUGGAUAUUUCAAAGCAUCAAAACAGGAAAUAAAAAAACGAAAGAAAUAUGUGGUUGUAGGGCAUGAGGAUUAUGUAUAUUACAAACAUAUGUAUUACGAAGAGGCCAAAUGCAAGUCAUGUAAUUGCAGAUAUCUACCAUAGUGGUUGUUUUUUGUGUUUAUCAAAAUAUGUUUCUCUAUUUGAAUGGGGGACGUUCUGAAUCAAAUGCUUGGUUGCCGAGAUGUACAUUUGUUUGUUGUGUUUUCCUUCAAACACUUUGUUGAUGACUGGAAAAAAAAAAAACAGGAGACUUCUUUUAUAGAGGUAUUGGGCCUACAUAGUCCAGGUAGUUCAGAAGACUGUUGUUGGACAAAGUGCCCACAAGUUUUGAGUCAGGGCAAAACUGCAUUAGCGGCUCUUUGUUAGUUACAGUGAUCUAUAUUUGACACUUUUAUGACUUUUUAAAAUUAUGACCUAGCUCUCCUUAUAAUACCAUAACAGUUUGGCUAUUUAACUGUUUAACUCAUUCUUUAAAAAAAAAAAGUCUGAUCUCUUUAAUGGAAUAUUGUUGAAUGUAAAGGGCUCCAUUUAUUGUGGACAUUAGAUUCUUGCCAUUUUUUUUUUUAUAUUUUUUUUUUUUUUUUUUUUUUUUUUAAAUGUUAUGUAUCAAUUCAGGUAAAUCAUUUUAUGUUUGCUUCAUUUUGACAUGCAAGCUGUCAUUUCAUCCUCUUAACUGGUUGCCCUUAUUGGUUAACACAAUUCUUCUUUCCAGUAGCAGAUAAACUUGAGCUCCUGUUUUUCUUAUAAUUACUUUCUGAAUCUACUGUGACUACAGAAGUGAUCCAUCACAAAAGGACAAUAUUUGGAAAUGUGUCUCUUUAAACAGUAUCGUCCAGGCUUUAUAACGCAUGCCUGAAUUUUGUUUUUUUGGUCGUUCAUAUCAAUUGAUAAACUGUCGAUUGAUCUAGGGGUGAGUCUCAUGUACAUUGAUAUUGAUGUUUUUAUGGUCUGCAGUGUUUUAAAAUGUUGUCUUUUGCUCUUUAAUUAUGUUGGGGAUUUUUGCCUCCUUAUCACCUCAAACUCAUGUAUUGUGUUUAUCAUAUCAAGAAGACAAAGUACUUGAGUUUGUGAGCUACGGUGUGCUUGAUUUGCUCGUAUUUCGUAUGUGGUAGCUGGCCUUCCCUUUCUUUGGUUGUGUUAAUGUUUUCCCACAUUCUGGAGAGAGUUUAUUUGUUCAGCUCCAAUUGUUAGUUAUUGAAGCUCUUGUAACAGGACCUCCCUUCUCAUGGGAUCUUCUUGUACAUUCCUUUUGUUCACAGAUAGAUUUCUGAUAUGCUUUCAAAACAGAAUCCUGGAUUCAAAUCUAGGUGUCACUGUUAGUCUCUCUCCUUCCCUGUUGUUUGUCUAGUGUCGUGCCUUUGACCUGUUGUGCCCUAUAUCUCCUCAUUCUUUGAUUACUCUUACAGAUGGUUGAGAAGCAGACCAAUAUAAUUUAAUGGUCUGGUUGGUUUUUCAUUUGUUUUGACUCUAACAAUCAGUUUUAUUUCUUGACUCAGAUUCUAAAUCUGCUGUUGGGCCCCUCUUCCCCAGUUUGUUACUGUACUUGGUCUUGUUGUUUAUGUUAUGUGCCUACCAAUUUGUAUUUUUUAUUUUUAUUUUUUUUCCACUUCUGCCCCUAUGUACUUUUAAUUUGGGUCUUUAAAGGGAUAGUUCACCCAAAAAAUGAAGUCUUUGAAGGUUCAAAACGCACUUAAAGGCAGCGUAAAUGUAAUACACACGACUCCAGCAGUUAAAUCCAUGUCUUCUGAAGUGCUAUGAUAGGUGUCAGUGAAAACAGAUAAAUAUUUAAGUCCUUUUUUAACAUAAAGCUCCACUUUAACUUUCAAAUACUUCUGCUUUUGUUUUUGCCAAUUUGCAGUUUUCGUGCAUAUCACCACCUACUGGGCAGGAAGGUGAAUUUAUGGUAAAAUAAAUAAAAUAAAAUAAAGGACCUAAAUAUUGAUCUGUUUCUUAGCCACACCUAUCAUAUUGCUUUUGAAGAUAUGGAUUAAACCACUGGAGUCUUCUGGAUUACUUUUAUGCUGCCUUUAUGUCCUUUCUGGAGCUUCAAAGUUCUGGCCACCAUUCACUUGCAUUGUAUGGACCUACAGAGUUUAGAUAUUCUUCUAAAAAUCUUCAUUUGUGUUCAGCAGAAAAAAUAAAGUUAUAUACUUCUGAGAUGGCACGAGGGUGAGUAAAUGAUUAGAGAAUUUUCAUUUUUGGGUGAACUAUUCCUUGAAUUUUGUGCUUACAUGCAUUUUUACUCUGUUUUAGAUUCUUUUCUUUUUUUAUGUUCUCAUUAUAUGGAAUAUGUUUUUAGGUUUUGUUCUAUUUUAAGAGUUAAACCCUAAUGCAAGGCAUGAGAAAAUGUCUAAAGUUUUAUGUGUGCCAGUUCAGGAAACUGAUAUGGUUGUCACAUUGACUGCUACUUCUUUCUCAGAAAUGUACAGCACUUGAGACUGUGUGAGUCUUUAUGUCUCUUUGUAUCUUCCACUAUAGAAAUCUCCCAUUGUCCUUUACAUCUUGUGCCCCAUCUGAGUUGUUUAGGAUCAAACAAAAAGAUAUAUACAAAUUAUAAAGAUAUUUUAUUUGUGAAAAAAAAAAAAAAAACUAGGAGGUUAGGGGAUACUUGUUUUGGAAUGCCAACUUGGAAGCCUGCAGUGUGUUGUAUAUAAUGUUAUAUGCCAGGAUUGUCAUAGUGUAAAGGUGGAAUGGUGCAUGGACAGUUGACAGAUGGUAUUAAUAACAUUUGAGAAAGCGCUUACAAACAGUUGGUCUCCGGCUCUCGACAUAAAAACCUGGCCCUAAAAUGUUUAUUUUUGUUUCUGUUUUAUAGAAAUCAAUUACAUCACACACAGUACUACUGGAUAAACUUGCUAAGGCUUAAUAUGCAUAUACAACAGUAUUUGUAUUUGGUAUAAAGUAUAGCCUUCAACUGAUGUUUUGAAAGUAUGCCAGAAGUGUAGACCUCUGUCAGCAUCUUUUUAUAAAAGUAAAAAAAAAAAAAAAAAGAAAAGAAAAAAAGUUCAAUAAAAAAAAAAAAAGAGGUGAUUUUUUUUUUUUUUUCCCUGCCAUAAUAGUUAGUCUACAACACCUGCAUGCUUUAUUAUACAGUACACACAUUUUAACGUGCUGAAAACCUGCUCUUACAUCAGAUGUUUUGGGUGUAUUGCAUUGUCAACAGUAUUGAUGUAAAGUGUCAAAUAUGUCACUAAACUAUGGAGAUUGUGGAGCUAAGUGUUCUGGAAAUGAAUAGUUUUGAACAGACUGUACUUUUCAUGUUUUUUUGUUUUUUCAUUUAUGACAUUUGUCUUCUGAUGCAGUUUCUUGCAAUGUCAUAUUGCAAAAAGAUAAUGUAUGAUUUUUAUCAUAAAAUGUGUUUGUGUUUCAAA